AUGGAGGAGGUCUGCACGGACAACGCGAAGUAGGUUCUUCUGUUGUGUUUAUGGGUUGUAUGAUAGGGGUGACAUAAGGUGGGUUAGAACUACAUUGUAAGAGUUAUGGGUAGAUUAGCGCUAUAUUAUAGUAGGCAAAACCGGUCUUUUUGAGAUUUUUUGAACUUUUUGAAUUUAAAUAUAGUCGAAAUGCAAUAAAUUAUUGUGUUUUUGUAUAUUACAGUCUAUAUUACAUUAAAAUGUCAAAAGUUUGGGUUUAGAAGUCGAAAGAACGUUAUGCCAAACUUGGCGGGAAAUUCAAAUUUUAAAAUCAGUUUUUGGCACUUUUAGCUAAAAUGAACUUUUUUAAUUAUAGUACGGUAUAUUUUGGUGCUAACUAGUAUUUUACUGACAUUUUUUUCUCAAAAAAAAGUUUUGACUUUAUCGACCGGUCGAUAUUUUUUUAAAAUUUUUUUUCAAAUCUUUAGUUUUAAAAUAAGUUUUGACUCUAAAAAUCACAUUUUCAGCGUUUUUCUCGGUAUAUUCGUCGGCUGCGCGAUUGCUUCGAUCGUCCUGCUGACUGUAUGCUCCGGCACCGCCCUGAUCUACAGGCCAUACAUUCGGUACGUCUACCGCAAGAUGACCCGCACCGACGUGGAUAAGAAGAAGAUGAAAGAGAAUGCAAAGAUCCGAAAAGGAAAGAAAUAA